AUGGUUUCCGACGAAAGAAAUCUGAUACGCUCCAGAGAGAUGGAAGAGGAGCACGGAUGGAAAUCACUGGAAGAUAUGCAAGAGGAAUUACGCUAUCGAGGCUUGCCAGAUACAGGCGAUAAGAGUGUUCUCAUGAACCGUCUCUAUACGCUCGAUGAAGAAAAUUGGGGCCCGGAAGGUCGAAAGCUGGACUAUGAGCGUAGACUCAAAGUGUAUCGGGAAAAGAAACUGGCUGAGAUUGUGCCGUUCUUGUUGUUCAACAAGUUUCCUAAGGAUGUCCGGCUGGUCAUAUGGGAACACUCUCUCCCUGGACCCCGAACCAUUUGCCCAGGGAAGGCUCCGAAGCCUUUACCUCUUUCCUCUAUUUCAGACCCAAUGAGUCUUGACGGAGGUCAGCCCGAUGGUGAUUCUGAUCCAGAUGCCUCUGCAGAAAACUCAACUCGGGAGCAAGGGCAGCCUGUCCGCAAGAAAAUUCUUGGGAGACUUUACUUCCCCAAAUCUCAUCAUACUCCAAAUCCUGCGGCACUUGCGGUCUGCCGCGAGUCACGGUACAUUGCACUCCAAAGAUAUAAAUUAUGCUUUGAUACUCCAAAUGUCUAUGCCGAUCUAGACAUCGACAUUCUAUAUUUCGGACAGUGGAUGAACAUGAACUUGGACACUUUUUGGACAAAUCCUCAAACCAAUCUAUUUUCAUUCGCCCCAGUGCCUCUGCAUCCCAAGGUCAAGGCAGAUCUGGAGCGAGUCCAACGUAUUGGGCUCAAAUAUGAAGAUGGCUGGAACGGCUACGAUGGUGGUCACUCUCGCACUAGGGGAAUAUUAACCAUUGAGCAACUCAGGAAAGACCUGUCGAGAUUUAUAGGCUUGAAAGAGGUCUUCCUAAGCCACAAUUCCGAGGAUGGAGGAGACUACUCAGAACCCGGUCAGACAAUGUUGGAGUACUGCGGUUCCGAGGAUCACAUACAGCCAGCGCCGUAUGGUGGAUACAUCAACAAUGGCCGCGAAACAAACAUCAAAACUUCCUGGUACAAGGAAGAGACGUUCACCCCUGAAGAGAAGCAACGAGGUGUUCCGGAGGUAAAGUUCGGUGUUGUCAAGCGUGUUCCAAAUAUUCCUGAAUUCAAGCGGACGUCAGGUUCAAGGACUUCAAAACUUCCAGAUCCAGUAGUCAGGGGAGAAUUUGGUCCACAGCCGAUCACUCAACCCAGUCAGAGGGAUUUGUGGAAGAGAAGAGAAGAAGGGGUGCUUCGCGACCAGAGCAACGGAGCGCGAACCUACAUCAUCUGUGCGUUCCGCCCCGCAGAGCCGUUUUCGACGCGUAUAUCAUCCAAUCCAGGCCGACAGCCUUGCGACGGACCCUUCGGGUUCAGUGCCGCAUGUUUCUGUCCACCGCGACCUUGCAGCUCCAAACCAACAGCCACCAUGGUCUGGAAGCCUCUCCGUCUGUCGAAAGCUGCAAGUGCUCAUCUACCCCCCUUUCUGCUAUCCUUGGAGCUCACUUCCGACCCAUACACCAUCUAUUUGACCGAUCUCACAACUAUAUGGAAGGAAUCGCUGGACCGUGCGGGCAUCAUCCGCAGGAGCGAGGAGGAGGGUACGAGCAUAGACCCAAGCGACGACGACCAGUUCCGCAUCCUUCUCGAGAAGAUUAGACUGGGGCUAGAGGGGCACCAUAACACAACAUCUGCCUUGACUAUCAAUGCCGAUGAUGACCGGCCUAUGAUCAUCCUCAACCUUACGGUUCCUCUACCCGGAGGCCUUGCACCACUACAAUGGCCGAUUCGAUUAUCUGCAGCCCCUCAAUCGCUGUUUACAAUUCAGUUGACCAUGCCGUUGCUGGGUGCACGACAUGUGCAGAUGCAGGAGGUGAAGAGUUUGGGGGAAGUCUUGGAGGCCAAGGAUCAUGUUAUACAAAAACUGCUUGAUACUAUGGAGUCGCAGGGAAUGGAACUGAGCCAGGUGUUCCCUCAAGCAGCUGGGAAAGCGGGGCGAAAGAUAGACCGAAAGAAGGCGGAAGAGAGAGUUAAGGGUCUCGCGCGAUUUGAUAUGGUUACUUGGAGGCAGGGUCUGUACGCUGAGAAACUACAGGAUGCGGGGCAGUUGAUAUCAGAGGUCUUCGAAGGCGACACUACAGAUGGGUUAAAUAUAGAAACCAGUGCGACUGGGGAGCAGGGUCCCGAGAAUUGGUGGGAGAGUAUCAGAGGAAUUACCGUAAACCUCAAUACGGGGAGAAUCAGCACCAAUGGCCUCGGAAAGUCAUCACCGCAGAAUAAAAGGCUGUCACUGAAACCCACACUCCAAGAACAACCCUUUAAUGAGAAUGAUGAUUUCAAAGUCCAAGCCGAACCACGUCGCCUCGCCUCAAGAGCACAUAAAUCAAGCCCGCAAAACCCACCUCUUGACGAUUCCACUGACGAUGAAGACGAUGACCUUGGUGGCCCAUCACAGGUCUCCAGAAUCCCAGACAGCUUCCCCAAAUCCCGAUCCCAAUCCCAAUCCCUAUCACACCACUACCCACCUGCUUCCCCAUCACCACCAGCCCCCUCGAUGCCGAAACCCAAGAAGCAACUAGGUAGAAUCGGAGCCAAGAAAGCAGCGCCCAGGCCUUCACCUCCCAUAGAUGAAGAAGCAACGACAGAUGAUUCGGCUCCUUCGCCUACUAGACGCAACGCGCCCUCUCCAACCCCAGAACCAGCACCAAAACCAAAACCCGCAAAGGGAAAACUAGGGAAAAUAGGAGGCAAGAAAGCAGCUCCUCCACCUGCUCCAGAACCGGACCCUGAACCUGCACCUACAACGCCCAAAUCAAAGAGCAAGCUCGGGAAGAUUGGAGGCAAAAAGAAAGCCAGCACUCCUGCACCUGACUCCCCCGAGCCUCGGAUCAAAAGCUCGCCACGUUCGACACAAGAAGAAAUCAGCUUGAACAACACAGUUGACGGUGACCGUGGGAGAGAGAUGGCCAAUGAAGAGAAGGAGAAGACACCCGAGCCGAGGGAAACGAGCCUGGAGAGGGCCGAUCGAAAGAGAGCGGAGUUGAAGCGGGAUUUAGAGGUGAAGGCUAUGCAGCCCGUGAAAAAGAAACGGAAGUUCUAA